UAUGCAUUUUAAAGAUUAGCUAGCAACAGAGAAAGAUGCUUGUCUUUUUCAAGUCAUCUAAACACGGUAUUGCAGUCUAUGCACCAAAUUGCUGGGAAAAUGCAUUAUUCAUAUGUAUAAUUCCAUGACAUCUACAGAACAAUCAAUGACACCAAUUGACUGACAAAAAGUAGAAGAAGACCUCGACUACUCCAUCUUCAAAUAAAUUCAUUACUCAUUGGAAAUCAUAACAUGCUACAACUUAACCUUUACCAGAUAUUCAAGCUAAUAGACAUGGCCUCAUCCUUAACCAAUUCCAUUUUUCUAGGGGUGUUGUGGAGUACCAUCCUUCUUUCCUUUGCUACAGCCCUGUUAGCAGCAGUAUCUUCACUGGAAUCAGAAGCUGUGGCUUUGCUAGAGAGUGGCUGGUGGAGUAACUAUAGCAACGAUACUUCACAACGUUGCAAGUGGCCCGGUAUUUCAUGCAACAAUGCAGGAAGCAUCACCAAAAUUAACCCAUCCGCUGACGUGAUUCAGGUUGGUAAUAGAUUUGGAAAAUUGAAUUUCUCUUCGUUUCCAAAUCUUGUCCUUCUUGAUCUUAGCAAUCGUAGAAUUGGUGGAAAUAUCCCCCCUCAGAUAGGUGAUCUAUCCUCAUUGAAGCACUUGGACUUGUCCUAUUGUGAGUUAUCUGGUGAGUUACCUUCUUCCCUAGGAAACCUAACCCAAUUAGAGUUUCUUGACAUUUCCCAUAAUUAUAACAUUUCCAUCCCUCCACAACUAGGGAAUUUGAAAAACCUUGUUAGUUUAGAUUUGAGUUGGGAUCAGUUUGCUGGUCCAAUCCCUUCUGCUUUGGGUCAAUUAAUCAAUCUGAAAUCUCUGGUUCUUUGGGGCAAAAAAAUUAAUGGAUCCAUCCCAUUAGAAAUUGGAUAUCUAACAAAUUUGAUUUAUUUGGAUUUCUAUGGCAACAAGCUUGUUGGUUCAAUCCCUUCUUCUAUUGGUAAUUUAUCAAAAUUGCUAUAUCUGUCCCUUGGUUCAAAUCUUCUAGAAGGUCCUAUACCAAAAGAAAUUGGGAAUUUAAAUGCACUAACUCAAUUAUCCCUCUCUGGAAACAAAUUGAGUGGUUCAAUCCCUUCUUCUAUUGGUAAUUUAUCAAAAUUGCAAUAUCUGUCCCUUGAUUCAAAUCUUCUAGAAGGUCCUAUACCAAAAGAAAUUGGGAAUUUAAAUGCACUAACUCAAUUAUCCCUCUCUGGAAACAAAUUGAGUGGUUCAAUCCCUUCUUCUAUUGGUAAUUUAUCAAAAUUGCCAUAUCUGUCCCUUGGUUCAAAUCUUUUAGAAGGUCUUAUACCAAAAGAAAUUGGGAAUUUAGAAGCAGUAACAGAAUUAGACCUCUCUGAAAACAAAUUGAGUGGUUCCAUCCCUCAUCAGAUCGGCAAGCUUUCAAAUCUACAAUAUUUAAAUCUCACCUACAACAAUCUCUCAGGUGAAAUUCCUGUCUUGGCGGCCACUGAUCUCAAAAUUGUUGAUACCAAUAAUGGUUGUAAGACUAUCUAUCCCUAUCCAUUUGAAGGCAACAAGGAUUUAUCACCUUACCCCUGUGAUUCACCAACCAUUCAAACCAAGAGCAGUAGAACUCCUUACUUCACGAAAAUAUUCUUCCCGAUUGCCAUAUUCUCUACUUUUUCUAUUCUAGGGAGUUUGUUUUUAUGGCAGUUCAAGGCCAAAAAGAACCAAUCUGGUUCACAAACAACAAAAAAUGGGGAUUUGUGCUCAAUAUGGAACUAUGAUGGAAAGAUAGCAUAUGAAGACAUUAUUGCAGCAACAGAAGAUUUUGAUAUUCGAUACUGCAUUGGAACUGGGGGUUAUGGAAGUGUUUACAAAGCACAACUACCAUGUGGUAAAAUAGUUGCUUUGAAAAAACUUCAUCGCCUUGAAGCUGAGGAUCCGGGUUUUGACAAGAGUUUUAGGAAUGAGGUAAAAAUUUUGUCCGAAAUUCGACAUCGAAAUAUAGUGAAGCUUUAUGGAUAUUGUCUACACCGACGUUGCAUGUUCCUGAUAUAUGAAUACAUGGAAAGAGGAAGCUUGUUCUACGUCCUAAGUAAUGAUGAUGAAGCUGUGGAGUUGAAUUGGAUAAAAAGAGUUGAGAUCAUCAAAUCCGUUGCUCAUGCCUUGUCUUACUUGCAUCAUGAUUGCACCCCCCCAAUUGUUCAUCGAGACAUUUCAAGUAACAAUAUCCUGCUAAACUCAAACUUGGAGGCCUUUGUGGCUGAUUUUGGAACCGCUAGAAUGCUACAUCUUGAUUCAUCUAAUCUGACUGUUCUUGCCGGUUCAUAUGGCUAUGUAGCCCCAGAAUUGGCCUACACAAUGGUUGUGACCGAAAAAUGUGACGUCUAUAGCUUCGGCGUUUUGGCAUUAGAAACGUUAAUGGGAAAGCAUCCUGGAGAACUUUUGUCAUCAUUGUCAUCGCCAUCUUCUUUGCAAAAUAUCAAGCUAAUUGAUGUGUUAGACAGACGUCUACCACCUCCAACAAGCCAACUGGUUGCACAAAAUAUUGUUCACGCUGCUACACUAGCAUUUGCUUGCUUACAUACGAAACCAAAGUCCCGACCAAUGAUGGAAGAAGUGUGCAAAGAGUUUCUUUCUUCCCAAAAAUCUUUAGGGAUUCCUCUCCGAAUGAUUACUUUGUUGCAACUAAUGAACCGUCAAAUGCAUAUUGGUGGCCAAAGUGGAACUUGUCCUGUCUAAAGCGGUUAAAUAACUAAUUUUGUUUGUAAAAUUUUUUUUCAAUUUAUAAUGUAUUGUUAUUGUGAACUCUCAUUGUCUAAUCUAUAAUUAAAUAAUCAGAAAAUUUAGAAUACACGUGCGUAUUUGUCUAAAAUUGAUCUCUUUAUCUUCUUGGUCGUUUUGUCUAAUUUCACUAUGGAGUUGCUUGAUUUAACCAGACUACAUUUGGUCCGCUUCCAAGUGGGUCAUCAAUGCCCUUUACAAGAAAAUAUAGCAAGCA